CCUCGUCUACUUUUCGCUCGAACGGAACGGGAAGCGUCGGUUUCUUCCUCCGUCCCUCUUUGACUCCUUCGUUUCCGUUGAAGGAGGAGAGAGGGAGAAGAACCCCUACAAACUCACUAUAUCCUGGUCUGGGAGACCUUGAAUUUCGUGCAUUUCUCGAGUCGAAGGAGGAAAAUGUGCGGGAUCUUUGCUUACCUCAACUACAAUGUCCACCGCGAGAGGCGGUACAUCCUCGAACUCCUCUUCAAUGGCCUCCGUCGCCUGGAGUAUCGAGGCUACGACUCUGCCGGCAUCUCGAUUGACUCUGACUCCGUCCCGAGCGCUGAUCUCGGGCGCAAUUUCCCGGCGAAUUCCAUGAACCCCCUCGUCUUCCGGCAGGAAGGGAAGAUCGAUCAACUCGUGCGAUCCGUUUAUGAAGAGGUAGAUGAAACAAGGUUGGAUUUGGAUCAGACGUUCUCGGUACAUACUGGGAUCGCUCACACACGAUGGGCAACACAUGGGCCGCCAUCACCCAGGAACAGUCAUCCACAAUCAUCAGGAGAAGGGAAUGAGUUCUUGGUUGUUCACAACGGGAUCGUCACCAACUAUGUGGUCUUGAAGGAAACGCUGGUGCGACAUGGGUUUAAAUUUGAAUCAGAGACAGAUACAGAAGUAAUUCCGAAGUUGGCAAAGUUCGUCUUUGACAAGCUAUCAGAAGAAGGUGGCCGGCCUACCUUCAGUCAAGUUGUCUUGGAAGUUAUGAGGCAACUGGAGGGAGCAUAUGCGCUGAUCUUUAAGAGCCCACACUAUCCAAAUGAGUUGGUUGCUUGCAAACGGGGGAGUCCAUUGCUUCUUGGACUAAAAGAAUUCAAGGAGAACUCAGAUGGCGGAACCCCAUUUAAUGAUGUCAAAUUCCUUACAAAAACUGACAAUCCAAAAGAACUUUUUCUGUCAAGUGAUGCCAAUGCUUUGAUUGAACACACAAAACAAGUAUUGGUGAUUGAGGACGAUGAAGUUGUACACCUCAAGGAUGGAGGAAUUUCUAUUCUCAAGUUUGACUCUGAUAACGCUAAAGCUACUGGUGGCCUGCCUCGACCUGCAUCAGUGCAAAGGGCAUUAUCCAUUCUGGAAAUGGAAGUUGAACAAAUAAAAAAGGGAAAUUAUGAGCAUUAUAUGCAAAAGGAGAUUCAUGAGCAACCUGAGUCCCUUAAGACAACAAUGAGCGGAAGGCUUAUACAAGAAGGUCCAGGGAAAGUAAAGGGUAUUCUUCUGGGAGGGCUUAAAGAUUACCUGAAGACAAUUAGGCGAAGCCGCCGCAUCGUCUUCAUUGGUUGUGGUACUAGCUAUAAUGCAGCUUUAGCGGCUAGGCCAUUUGUGGAAGAGCUUUCAGGUGUUCCUGUUAGCAUGGAAAUUGCAAGUGAUCUACUGGACAGACAAGGCCCAAUUUAUAGAGAGGAUACUGCAGUAUUUGUCAGUCAAUCAGGAGAAACUGCGGACACACUUUUAGCACUUGACUAUGCAAAAAAGAAUGGUGCACUAUGUGUUGGCAUAACAAAUACUGUAGGCAGUGCCCUUGCCAGAAACACACACUGUGGUAUUCACAUUAAUGCCGGUGCUGAGAUUGGAGUUGCUAGUACUAAGGCGUACACCAGCCAGAUAGUAGUAAUGACUAUGUUGGCCUUAGCAGUUGGGGACGACUCUAUAUCAAGUAAAUCAAGGAGGGAGGCUAUCAUUGACAAUUUGUUCGACCUACCAAACAAAGUCAGGGAGGUCUUACAGCUAGAUGACGAGAUGAAGGAUCUUGCGAAGUUGUUGAUGGAUGAACAAUCACUCCUUAUGUUUGGCCGGGGUUAUAACUAUGCUACCGCAUUGGAAGGUGCACUGAAAGUAAAAGAGGUAGCUCUAAUGCAUAGUGAAGGAAUGCUUGCAGGUGAAAUGAAACACGGGCCAUUGGCAUUAGUAGACGAAACUCUUCCCAUCGUUGUCAUUGCCACCCGUGAUGCUUGCUUCAGCAAGCAGCAGUCCGUCAUCCAGCAACUUCAUGCACGAAAAGGUCGGCUGAUAGUUAUGUGCACCAAGGGAGAUGCUUCAGUUGUGUGCCCAGGUGGAUCAUGCAGGGCUAUUGAAGUGCCGGCGGUCGAGGAUUGCCUCCAGCCUGUAAUCAACAUCAUACCAUUGCAGUUACUGGCCUAUCAUCUGACCGUUCUUCGAGGCUUUGACGUCGACCAGCCCCGGAACCUCGCAAAGAGCGUAACUACACAGUGAGGUGACGAAAAGCGGGCGACAUCCUUACCCUCUCUCCCGCAAAAGAUGAGCUCAUGCUGCAGUUGCGCGAGAAUCAGGCCGGGCGUUUGUUAUGCAACGGGCCAGACGAGUUAGUUUCCUGGAAGCCCCCUCUCAGAGCCACAGGUUUCACUAUUCAUGUACGUGAAGAUUUUGCGUCACGUCCCGGUCGCUUGAUUAUUGCGUCGUGGUACUCGUUUCCGUUGUAGCUUUCCAAGAGAGAUUCUGCACGGUUUAUGCCUUAUUAAACAAAUCAAGCCUCUUCCUACCA